ACAGAAGAUCUGAACCCGGGGCUACGGAGUCCACAGCUGGUGAGGCUGAGCAGGGCGAGGCCGGGCCCUGCCCGAAAGGACACCACAGUCCUUCACCGGCCCUUGCAUCCCAGAGCCCACCAGGCUCUCCCGCUGGCCCCACCAUGACGUCAGAGCCUACGUCACCUCCGGUGGUGCCCCCUCUCCACUCCCCCAAGUCCCCCGUCUGGCCCACUUUUCCCUUCCACAGGGAGGGCAGUAGGAUCUGGGAACGUGGCGGUGGAAUCGCCCCUCGGGACCUGCCCAGCCCUCUGCCCACUAAACGGACCAGGACGUACUCGGCGACAGCUCGAGCCUCUGCUGGCCCCGUGUUCAAGGGCGUCUGUAAGCAGUUCUCACGCUCACAGGGCCAUGGCUUCAUCACGCCCGAGAAUGGCUCCGAGGACAUCUUUGUGCAUGUUUCUGACAUCGAGGGGGAGUAUGUGCCUGUGGAAGGCGACGAGGUGACCUAUAAGAUGUGUCCCAUCCCACCCAAGAACCAGAAGUUCCAGGCCGUGGAGGUGGUGCUCACGCAGCUGGCUCCCCACACUCCCCACGAGACAUGGUCUGGCCAGGUUGUGGGCUCCUAGGCAGGCGGGGGUCCCCCACGAGGAGGCAGGCAGCAGCCAGCUCCGUGCUCCCACCGCGCUGCCGACCAGCCCUUGGGUGUGCUCUUUUGUCUGUCUGUCCGUGCUUGUGGCUGUGAAUGUGUGCUCUCACCCACUUGUGACCCCAAGAACCCGUGAGGUCCAGCCUGGGGUUGGAGUACAGCUAGCAGACCUGCCUUGGCCUGUCUCCUUCCCCCCAACCCCGCCACGUAAACACAGGGCCGCCUCACCCUCUUGUCCACUAUCUAUAUACCGAGUCUCUGUGGGUCUGUGUCAUGUUCUUGAGAACCUGGGGGACCCUCUCCCAUGAGCCUGUUUCUCACUGCUGUCCUCGGAUCUACUCAGUCCAGUACCCAACCCUGUCUGCUUGUGCUCCUGUCUCUUAUGCUGGACCUGGGUGUCUGCCACGGCCUGGGACCCUUCCUCUCAGAAGCCAGGCCUCUAACUUUAGGAAGAGGACGAAACAGAGGUUCAUGGCCAACCCCUGCCAUAACCUAGCUCAUCUUCCUGUCCCCACCCCUUUGGUGCCCUGGCUGAAAGCAGGAGGGAACUUAAGAACUCCUGCUGUGGAGGCCAAUCCUUUCUCUUCAGCCGGCAGAUGUUCUCUGAACCAGAGGCUCCUACCUGAGCCGGGAGAGCCAAGCUCAUUCCCUCCCUGAGGUGAGGUGGGGACAGUCUCCUCCAGCUUGGACAGAAUCUUCUCUUCCACCAAGAUGCACAAACCCUGUGGACGCCCUGCCCAGUGUUGGCCAUGACAACAGCUGAGGAUGCAGCGAUGGACUGACAUGUCACCUUAGGCAAGGCCAGGUCCAGGCACCCAAAGGAAUGGUCCUUAUCCAGGGAGGCCACCGGCCUUUCCCCCACCCCUCUUCCCGGAGCUAUACAAUGGCUCUUAUAGAUCACUAAUAGGGCAGCAGCUGAGAUGGCUUUUCUCUCAUUCAUUCCUGAAAUGACUAUCCCUCUUAUCUGAAGUCCCUUUGGGGCUAAGACAUGUCCCUUCUAGAAAGCUCAUUACCUAUGAGAGAAGUGGGGUCCUGGGUUCAGGGAAGGCCUGUCACAACAGUGACCCAUUCUGCAAGUAAAAUGUGAGCACAGAUAAGAUGCUCAGGAUGCAGGGGUCAGUGCUCAUCUAGAUGGCCUUGUAGGUGUUCCAGGACCACAGGGUAGUCUUUUGGGGUAUUUGCACCCCACCUUGUCCUAGUACCCUUUGCACAGAGUCCAGCAGCCUAGAGCUGCUAAGGAGUGCCGACCAGCCUCCCAUACUGGGAAGGACCUACCUAUCUGACACCUCACUGUGAAUUAGGCUUCUCUAGCAAGGCCUGUCCCUGCAAGCUUGAGGACCCAAGUUCAAAUCCCCGGCCUGCCUGUAACUGAGCACUGGGAAAUAAGACAGCCAGAUCCUUGACAAGGAACUUGUUGGUACAGAUGGACCCCAGGGGCACCCGGGUCUCGCUCCUGUGAGCAGGCACUUGGUGGUCAUCAUCUUGAGGCUUCCUGAGUGGUAGGGGUAAUAAGCCUCCUCUCUACUCUUGGGGGCUGCAGUGCCCAAGUCAGAACUCCCCCCUACCCAGAUCCUAGCCACGGACUCCCAUCCCUCUUAACACUGGCAAUAAACUCAACUGUGACCCACCCUGCCUU